AUGGCAUCUUUGAAGGGACCAGGAGCUACUCCAAGCUUUGACGGCUCGGGGCUUCGAAUUGCAAUUGUUCAUGCAAGGUGGAAUAUGGGCAUAAUUGGUCCUCUCGUAGAAGGGGCAAGGAAGAGCCUUUUGGCAGCUGGUGUAGUUGAGGACCAUAUCACAACCCUCACUGUCCCGGGCAGCUAUGAGUUACCAUAUGCCGCUCAGCGGCUCUACGCAGCUUCUCAGUUACAAGCAGCCAAGAGCUCGUCCUCCGGUGAGGGAAUCAGUGCCACGGACCUGCUCUCUUCCUCUACCGCAGACAUUAGCAAAGCGUCCCCGGAAUCGCCAACACCCGCUACCUCUAGGCCGUUUGACGCCAUUAUCGCCAUCGGUGUCCUUAUUAAGGGAGAGACCAUGCAUUUUGAGUACAUCGCAGAUGCUGUCUCUCACGGAUUGAUGCGUGUUCAAUUAGAUUCGGGCGUGCCUGUCAUUUUUGGGGUGCUCACCGUUUUGACCGAAGAACAGGGCUUGGAAAGGGCUGGGCUAGGCAAGAAAGGAAUGCAUAAUCAUGGAGAAGAUUGGGGCAGCGCCGCCGUGGAACUUGGAGCAAGAAGAAGAGAAUGGGCUGAAGGUAGAAUUGCCUAG